CAUCACAAAAAAAAAGUGCUAUAAAAUGUGCCGGGUGUAACAAGAGAGAGAGAGAGAGAGAAAGGCGAACAUAAUUAACUAACGAAAGAAAAUUUAUUUGGGAAAAAAAUCUAAAGCCUGGAGCACAAGCCGAAAAUAUGUGCGCAGACUUUUCCUUUGCCAGCCAGUGGAAUUGAUUUUCUUUUCGUUUCUCCCACAAUCCCACAACAACUUCCCUCCUCUGCACCUUUUCUGGUCCAAAGAGUUCGACUGGCCAAUAUGAUCUACUAUACGCUACUACUCCUUCUUGUCCUGCCCGCUGUCCUGGCCCAGGAUCAGCAGCAGCAGCAGCAGCAGCAACACACCACGGAGUCCUUGUCCAGCAAACACCAGCAGCAGUCACACUCCAAUGCCAUAAUGGGCGAGGCCGGUGUCUCCAAUACCCAAUUGAUGCAACCGGCCACACCGGCGAGGACCCUGCGUCCUUUGAGCUCCGGUUCUGGCGGGGAUCAGUCGCUGUAUGAUGCCCCCGAUGACUGUCACUUUAUGCCGGCUGCGGGUCUGGAUCAACCGGAAAUUGCGCUCACCUGCAAUCUGCGAACGGUGAACAGCGAGUUUGAUACCACAAACUUUAGCGUGAUUCCCGCGGAGCAUACGGUGGCCCUGCAUAUCCUUUGCAACGAUGAGAUUAUGGCCAAGAGCCGGCUGGAGGCACAGUCCUUUGCCCACUUGGCCAGGCUCCAGCAGCUGUCCAUUCAGUACUGCAAACUGGGACGUAUGGGUCGCCAGGUCCUGGAUGGCCUCGAGCAGUUGAGGAAUCUCACAUUGCGCACUCAUAAUAUCCUGUGGCCAGCUCUUAACUUUGAGAUUGAAGCGGAUGCCUUUUCGGUGACCAGGAGGCUGGAGCGGCUGGAUUUGAGUUCCAACAAUAUCUGGUCACUGCCGGACAACAUCUUUUGCACUCUGUCGGAGCUUUCGGCAUUGAAUAUGAGUGAGAAUCGCCUGCAGGAUGUCAACGAGCUGGGCUUUCGGGAUCGCAGCAAGGAGGCUUCACCGAGUGGCUCCACUGAGUCUAGUUCCACCACAGAAUCGGCAAAGAAAACUGGUGGCAGCAGUAGCAUCAGCAGUUGUUCCUUGGAUUUGGAAUAUCUGGAUGUGAGCCACAAUGACUUUGUUGUUUUGCCUGCCAAUGGAUUUGGCACUCUAAGGCGCCUGCGAGUCCUGUCGGUGAAUAACAAUGGCAUUUCGAUGAUAGCAGACAAGGCACUCAGUGGUUUAAAGAAUCUGCAAAUCCUGAAUCUGAGCUCCAAUAAAAUUGUGGCCUUGCCCACGGAGCUAUUUGCUGAGCAGGCCAAGGUCAUUCAGGAGGUGUAUCUGCAGAACAACUCGAUUAGUGUCCUGAAUCCGCAGCUCUUCUCGAACCUGGACCAGUUGCAGGCCCUGGAUCUGUCAAUGAACCAGAUAACCUCUACGUGGAUUGACAAGAACACCUUUGUGGGUCUCAUACGUCUGGUUCUGCUGAACUUAUCGCACAACAAACUGACCAAACUGGAGCCGGAGAUUUUUAGUGAUUUGUACACUCUGCAGAUUCUGAAUUUGCGACACAAUCAACUGGAGAAUAUAGCAGCCGAUACCUUUGCCCCGAUGAACAACCUGCAUACUCUGCUCCUGUCCCACAACAAAUUGAAGUAUUUGGAUGCUUAUGCUCUGAAUGGCCUGUAUGUCCUUUCGCUACUUUCGCUGGACAACAAUGCGCUGAUUGGCGUGCAUCCUGAUGCCUUCCGCAAUUGCAGUGCCCUGCAGGAUCUCAAUCUGAAUGGUAAUCAGCUGAAGACAGUGCCUUUGGCUCUGAGGAACAUGCGACAUCUGAGGACGGUGGAUCUGGGCGAGAAUAUGAUUACCGUGAUGGAGGAUAGUGCCUUCAAGGGACUGGGAAAUCUCUAUGGUCUCAGACUGAUUGGCAACUAUCUGGAGAAUAUCACAAUGAACACUUUCAGGGAUCUGCCCAGUCUGCAGAUCCUGAAUCUGGCCAGGAAUCGCAUAGCUGUUGUGGAACCUGGUGCCUUCGAGAUGACUUCGAGUAUUCAAGCCAUUCGAUUGGAUGGAAAUGACUUGAAUGACAUUAAUGGUUUGUUCAGCAACAUGCCCUCCCUGCUCUGGUUGAAUAUCUCCGACAAUCGUUUGGAGAGCUUCGACUAUGGACAUGUUCCCGCCACUUUGCAGUGGCUGGAUUUGCACAAGAAUCGCCUAAGUUCCCUGUCCAAUAGAUUCGGUUUGGAUGCUGAAUUGAAACUGCAGACUUUGGAUGUAAGCUUCAAUCAAAUCCAGCGCAUAGGACCCGGCUCCAUACCCAACUCCAUAGAGCUGCUGUUCCUGAAUGACAACCUUAUUACAACCGUGGAUCCUGAUACCUUCAUGCACAAAACCAACCUAACCCGAGUGGAUCUCUAUGCGAAUCAAAUAACCACACUGGACAUCAAAUCACUGAGGAUCCUGCCUGUGGGUGAACAUCGUCCCCUGCCCGAGUUCUACAUUGGUGGCAAUCCCUUCACCUGCGAUUGCAACAUUGAUUGGCUGCAGAAAAUCAACAAUGUGAACCAUAUUACUUCCCGGCAGUAUCCUAGGAUAAUGGAUCUGGAGACUAUAUACUGCAAGUUGCUAAACAACAGAGAACGCGCUUAUAUCCCCCUGAUUGAGGCGGAGCCCAAGCAUUUUCUGUGCACCUACAAGACCCAUUGCUUUGCGGUUUGUCACUGCUGUGAGUUUGAUGCCUGCGACUGUGAGAUGACCUGCCCCACGAAUUGCACCUGCUUCCAUGACCAAACCUGGUCCACGAAUAUUGUGGAAUGCUCUGGUGCCGGUUACUCUGAGAUGCCACGUCGCGUGCCCAUGGACACCACUGAGCUGUAUAUUGAUGGGAAUAACUUUGUGGAGUUGGCGGGGCACUCCUUUCUGGGUCGCAAGAACCUGGCUGUUCUUUAUGCCAACAACUCCAAUGUGGCCCACAUAUACAACACCACAUUUAGUGGACUGAAGCGCCUGUUGAUCCUGCAUUUGGAGGAUAACCACAUAGUCAGCCUGGAGGGCAAUGAGUUCCAUAAUCUGGAGAAUCUGCGAGAGCUGUACCUGCAAUCCAACAGGAUAGCCAGCAUUGCCAAUGGCAGCUUCCAAAUGCUGAGGAAACUGGAGGUCCUGCGACUCGAUGGCAAUCGUUUGAUGCACUUUGAGGUCUGGCAGCUGAGUGCCAAUCCCUAUCUGGUGGAGAUUAGCCUGGCGGAUAACCAAUGGAGCUGUGAGUGUGGCUACUUGGCCAGGUUCCGGAAUUACCUAGCACAGAGCUCUGAGAAGAUAGUGGAUGCCCCGCGGGUUAGUUGCAUCUACAACAAUGCCACCAGUGUGCUGAGAGAGAAGAAUGGCACCAAGUGCACCCUGCGCGAUGGCGUGGCUCACUAUAUGCACACCAAUGAGAUUGAGGGACUGCUCCCGCUCCUCCUGGUGGCCACCUGUGCCUUUGUGGCCUUCUUUGGCCUGAUCUUUGGAUUGUUUUGCUAUCGCCAUGAGCUGAAGAUGUGGGCUCACUCCACAAGCUGCCUGAUGAACUUUUGCUACAAGACACCGCGUUUUGUUGACCAACUGGAUAAGGAGCGACCCAAUGAUGCCUACUUUGCGUACAGCCUGCAGGAUGAGCAUUUUGUAAACCAAAUCCUAGCCCAGACCCUGGAGAAUGACAUUGGCUAUCGACUGUGCCUGCACUAUAGGGAUGUAAACACCAAUGCCUACAUCACGGAUGCCCUUAUAGAGGCCGCUGAGAGUGCCAAGCAGUUUGUGCUGGUUCUGUCCAAGAACUUCCUUUACAACGAGUGGAGCAGGUUCGAGUACAAGAGUGCUCUGCACGAGCUAGUGAAGCGCAGGAAGCGCGUGGUGUUUAUCCUUUACGGGGAUUUGCCGCAACGCGACAUUGACAUGGACAUGGGGCACUAUCUGCGAACGAGCACCUGCAUUGAGUGGGAUGACAAGAAAUUCUGGCAAAAGCUGCGCCUGGCUCUGCCCCUGCCCAAUGCCCGGAGCAAUAACAACAAGCGAGUGGUCGCUGGGUGCCUCUCGGGACGCACUCCCUCGGUGAAUAUGUAUGCCACAAGCCAUGAGUAUCAGGGCACAAAUGGUGGAGUUAUACCACCGCCCUCUGCCCGCUAUGCGGACUGUGGGGGCAACAAUUAUGCCACUAUCAAUGAGUGUGGUGCCACGGGAGGACGUGGCUACAAGGCCAUUCCCACAUCGGCUUCGGCGGCAGCAGCGGCCUGCAAGUUCAACACCAUGAAUCAGCUGUCCAAGAAGCAGCAGCGAGAGCUGAGUGUGGCUGGAAUGGCCAAGACGCUGGAGCAUCAGCAUCAUCAUCACCAUCAUCAGCAGCAGCAGCAUCAGCAUGCCUCUGCCUUGGGUGGUGGUGGCCAUCAGGCCAGUCAGAGGAGGAGCCAGCAUGAGUACGCGGUGCCCAGUUACCUGCCCAGUGUGGGUGGUGCAGCGCCUGCCUACGAUAGUGUGGACUAUGCCAAACAGCAGCAGAUCAGGAAUAAUGCUGCCAACUGUGAGUGCAUCAAUCUGGGCAGUGGCACUGCCAAGCGAUCGCAGCUGGUGAAGAGUGCCGCCUCCGGGUUGCCCUCCAGCUUCAGCUCCAACUUUGUGGCACCUGGAGGCGCUGUGGCCGGGGCCUACAAUUGCAAGAAGUCGUGCACGUGCAACGGCGACGAUGACCUCCUUUGCAACUGCGGCGGAGGAGGUGGUUCCAUUGGGGUCAACCUGCUGGAGAGUGGCACCCAGAGCAGUGUGACCAUGAGCAGCAGCAGCAACAACAGUCGCCAGCCGGAGCUCACACACUACGAGUCCAAUUUGAGUCUCAACGAUGACGAUGAGGAUGAGGAUUUGGAUCAGCAGAAGAACCUGUGGGCGUAACGGGGUUGAGUCCAGGUUCGAGGAGUAACGAAACAAAACCAGCAGGAGACAGACUGCGCAACCAGUGAAUUUAUAAAACUUAAAAGGGAAAAACCUAAAGCAUAAAACUAUAAAUUAACUAUAACAUUAAUGGGAAUACGAAGAGAGUUAGCAUACUUUUUGGGAUGGUUCAAACAGACUGAUACUUUUAGUUCUUGAAAUAAAUUUAAAAAAGCAAAUUGAUAAACCCAUGUAAAUAUUCCCCAAGGUAUCCUUGAGAUUUAAAUAAUUUAA